CACUUCUCCACAGUUUUUUGGAUCGGCGAGCAACAAUCGAAUCCAGCAAGAAACGAUCGAACACAAAACACAAGCGGAACUACCGCAAUCACCAUCACAGGACACUCAUUUAGAAUAUACCAUGGAAGACAUUGACCACAACAAGUUGAAGAGAACCAAUGAGGAUUUGAACGCCGACGAGACUGAUCUCGUUGACACAACAUCAGUUGACACCGACAGCACGACCAAGAAACAGCGCGUGGAGCAGGACAAUGUAGCUACGAGUAAUGGUGAUGGCAACAGCACAGAGGACAAGGAGGGAUCAGAUGCAUCAGAACAGGACCCCACAGAAUCUAUGAUAGAGCCAAAGGACCCACAAACAGGACUCACUGCAACACAGAAAUCAGCCCUGGAGAAGGCUAAGCAAUAUGCACGAGAGGUCCAGGAAGAGUUGGUAAGAUCAGGCGCUUUGACCUCUGCAGCCGAGCCCGAGCCCUCUCUUGCAGUCGCAAAUCUGGUCGAGCAGCGCAAAUCGCUUUGCAGAGUCUAUGUUGGAUCAAUCUCUUUCGAGGCAACCGAGGACGACGUUCGACAGAAGCUGAGCCGGUUCGGAGACAUCAAGGAACUUGUUCUCAAGGUCGAUCCCGCAACAGGAAAGCACCGCGGAUUUUGUUUCGUGGAAUACCAACUUCCAGAGGCGGCCAUUUUAGCAGUCGAGGCGUCAGAGUCCGUGGAUGUCGGAGGACGGAAUCUCAAGAUUGGACGACCCAAGAAUUACGAUGCUAGCGCUGUCAACGAUCUGCCAUCCCCACCAGAGAACAGGGUCUAUGUCGCCAACAUUGGGUCACUGGUCUCGGAGACCGAUCUGGCUGGAAUCUUUGCAGCGUUCGGAGAGGUCGAGAAAUGCGUGUUGAGGCCCGACCCAAUGACGCGCAAGCACAAGGGAUAUGGAUAUGUGCAAUUCAAGUCUGGGACCAACAUUGACACGCUGGUAGACUCAAUGAAGGGUUUCAUGUUGUUAGAUAUGCCUAUGGGUGUAUGCAGAGCACUCAUUGGAGGACCACUUCCGGAGGGCAUGGAUGCCCUUGACUUCAUGCCAGUUGGCACUACCGCCGUACAACCCACUGCUCAAGCCCGGACAGUUCCCGCAGCUACACCUGUCUCCUCUGUGAACCCUGCCAUGAUCGCAAGGGCUACUGCUACUGCAGCAUCAACAGCACAGAGGCUUGUGGCAAUGGGCCAUUCAGCUGGAAUGAACGGCGACAGGGAGUCUGUAGCGUCUGAAGAGAAUAUGAGCAUUAGCGGCAACCAAAGGUACAUGGUGAUGCAAAGUCUUGCACGAAGUGGAGGCAUUGUUCCGCCUGCGACAGCGACGGUGGUGGAUGUAGUGCAGCCAACGGUGGUGCGGUUACAGUACAGUGCAACGCCUGCGGAUGUGGACGAUCAGCUUGAGGAGGAGUUUAGGGAAGAAUGCAGUAAGUAUGGUCCUGUUGUGAAGGUGCAGCUCUUGCCGUUGACCGAUGGCAUAUUGCGCAUUUUUAUCCAGUUCAUGUCGCCCAUUGAUGCACGCUCAGCAGCUGCACAGUUGCAGGGUCGCCAGUUUGAUGGCAAGACAAUCCAAGCUACUCUUUAUGAUCUACAGGAGUAUGCUGCUGGUCGUCUGGUCUAAGCGAGGACGCAUCCAAUUCUUAGAGCAUGCAUAGCCCGAUUCCCUUUGUUUUUGCUGUAUACAUUUUCAUGGACUGAAUAAAGGAUCGGGGGAGCAUCUUCUUAUUACGACGCUGAUUUGUUCGAU